GUUUCCCGAGGGAUUCGGGGCGAGGAAGACCCCGAGCUCCGUCUGGCCGGGAGCAGCGGGAUGCUGCCGGGGAUGCUCGCAGGUGGCUGCGGAGAGGAGCCGAGCUGAGCUCCCGCUGCCUUUGUGCUGUUCCUCGAGCGUUGGGGCAGAGCGCUGCCCGCUGCCUUUGUUCACAGCCGAUCCUGCUCCCAUCACGGGCACGGGAGAAGCGGACGACCCGGCGUCCUUCCUCCUCCUCCUCAUCCUCCUUUCUCAUCCCUAUUGUCGGCAGCCGUUUCUCUCUCUCCGGAGGGACCGGGACACCGAGGCGGAGAAACUUCGGGGCGUGGGGCAGGCGGGGACACGCAGUUGUUUGGCUUUUUUUUUCCUCCUUUUCCCUUGUUUUAUUGUGCUGCUCAGCCCUCUGACCGCACGCGGGUGGAUGAGGGCUGAGCACUGUCACAUCGCAAGCAUCGUUCCCACUGUGGCUCUCUUAAUGCCCGGCUCGACGAAGGAUCGCUUUGGGACAGACUGGAAUGUCACAGCAGUGUGAGAAGCGGGAGCUGGCCCAUCCCGGCCACCACGCAGGUGACAGCUGGAAACGUGCUCCCUGCUGGCGAGGUGACAGCUCGAGGAGGGGGACGAACAAGGAGGUGGCACUUUACUGCUGGCCCGAGGGCUGGGAGGGUGCCGGAGAGCUGGCGAGGCGGCGGGGGAGAGCUACACACCGACAGAUCCGGGAUGGAUUUGGAUUUGAGGUCGCUGUGAGAGAGGCUGCAGCCUACGGGGGUCCUCCCCAGCCCUGUCUGCGAGGUACGAGAUUGGGAGGAUUCAUCCUAAGGAGCUGUGGCUGCAGGAGGUGUGAGGAGCGUGGAGGGAGCUGCUGCGUUCCCGGAGCCAUUGGGAGGACGUGGAGGUUGAGAGCGGGGUCCCAUGCUGGUCCCCUUCCUGCUGCCCCUCUGCCAGCCCUGCUCACAAGCACUGGAAGGUGGGAGUGCUGCGGUGACCCACCGGUGUAUUUGUCACCAUUCUGGUGGGCUUGGAGGCAGGAGUUGAGCUCUCAGCACUUUUACUCGUGGUUUCUUUGCCCACUCCCUGCUGGCACGCACGGAUUGAUGUCUCCCUGACUGGAAGGGGCAUUGCUGAGCUGUGGGGGUCUCUGCGGAGCUCACUCGUACCCAUGAUGGCAGAUGUGGGGAUGAACUCGUGGUCCUGAAGGUGCCACCAACCUCCUGUUCCCUUGAGGAUGGGAACCACUGGGAAAACUGGUGUCUUGCCAGGUUAACGGAGGGCAUCAGUGUGAGCCUUGUGACCGCUCUGCUUCGGAUGGGUCACCAGCAGGUUGAACUUUGAGCACAGCAUGACGGCUUGCCAGUACCCCAUGGCACCGGGGGCCUUGGAACGGGACCGGCUGUACCAGCACAAGGUCUCCUUGGUGGUGCGUUACUUCAUGAUCCCGUGCAACAUCUGUCUCAUCCUCCUGGCCACUUCCACGCUGGGAUUUGCUGUGCUGCUCUUCCUCAAUAACUACAAGCCCAAUAGUUAUUUUACCCAGACCCCGCCGACCCCUCGAGAUGCCUGCCGAGGGAUGCUGUGUGGGUUCGGGGCGGUGUGUGAGCGCAGCCCCACCGACCCCUCUCAAGCCUCCUGUGUCUGCAAGAAGACAGCUUGCCCUGUGGUGGUGGCUCCUGUCUGCGGCUCCGACUAUUCCACCUACAGCAACGAGUGUGAGCUGGAGAAAGCCCAGUGCAACCAGCAGAGGCGGAUCAAGGUCAUCAGCAAGGGACCAUGCGGCUCCAAGGACCCCUGUGCAGAGGUGACAUGCAGCUUUGGCAGCACGUGUGUCCGUUCUGCAGACGGCCAGACAGCCAGGUGUGUUUGCCCUGCAUCCUGCAGCGGUGUGGCUGAGAGCAUCGUCUGCGGCAGUGAUGGCAAGGAUUACCGCAGUGAGUGUGACCUCAACAAACACGCCUGUGACAAGCAGGAGAACGUCUUCAAGAAGUUUGAUGGAGCCUGCGACCCCUGUAAGGGCAUCCUCAAUGACAUGAACCGUGUGUGCAGGGUGAACCCCCGCACCCGCCGCGUGGAGCUGCUCUCCCGCCCCGAGAACUGCCCCUCUAAGCGGGAGCCGGUGUGUGGUGACGAUGGGGUGACAUACACCAGUGAGUGUGUAAUGGGGCGCACAGGGGCCAUCCGAGGGCUGGAGAUCCAGAAGGUUCGCUCUGGGCAGUGCCAGCACCAAGAUAAAUGCAAGGAUGAAUGCAAGUUCAAUGCUGUCUGCCUGAACCGCCGUGGUACAGCACGUUGCUCCUGCGACCGCAUCACUUGUGAUGGCGCCUACCGGCCUGUCUGCGCCCGCGACAGCCGCACCUACAGCAACGACUGCGAGAGGCAGAAAGCUGAGUGCCACCAGAAAGCUGCCAUCCCAGUAAAGCACAGUGGACCCUGUGACCUGGGUACCCCCAGCCCCUGCCUGAGCGUGGAAUGCACUUUUGGGGCCACCUGCGUGGUGAAGAACCAGGAGCCCGUGUGUGAAUGCCAGCAGGUUUGCCAGGGCCGCUAUGACCCCGUCUGCGGCAGCGACAACCGCACCUAUGGCAACCCCUGCGAGCUCAACGCCAUGGCCUGCGUCCUCAAGAGAGAGAUCAGGGUGAAGCACAAGGGGCCGUGCGACCGUUGUGGCAAGUGCCAGUUUGGGGCCAUCUGUGAGGCGGAGACGGGGAGGUGCGUGUGCCCCACGGAGUGUGUGCCCUCCUCCCAACCCGUCUGUGGCACAGAUGGCAACACCUACGGCAGCGAGUGUGAGCUCCAUGUCCGAGCGUGUACGCAGCAGAAGAACAUUUUGGUGGCUGCCCAAGGCGACUGCAAGUCCUGCGGCAGCACCGUGUGUUCCUUUGGCAGCACAUGUGUGGGUGGGCAGUGUGUGUGUCCCCGCUGUGAGCAGCAGCCCCUGGCCCAGGUUUGUGGCACUGAUGGCCUCACCUAUGACAACCGCUGUGAGCUCCGAGCAGCCUCCUGCCAGCAGCAGAAGAGCAUCGAGGUGGCCAAGAUGGGGCCGUGUGAGGACGAAUGUGGCUCAGGAGGUUCAGGCUCUGGUGAUGGGAGUGAGUGUGAGCAGGACCGGUGCCGGCACUACGGGGGUUGGUGGGAUGAGGAUGCAGAAGAUGACCGUUGUGUGUGUGACUUCACCUGCCUGGCAGUGCCACGCAGCCCGGUCUGUGGCUCUGAUGAUGUGACCUAUGCCAAUGAGUGUGAGCUGAAGAAGACAAGGUGUGAAAAACGCCAGGAUCUCUAUGUCACCAGCCAAGGAGCCUGCCGUGCCCUCACCACGACCCCACCGCCUCUCCCAGUUGUGCACUGCAGUCAAACCAUCUAUGGGUGCUGCCCAGACAACAUGACCGUGGCGCUCGGAGUGGGUGCAGCUGGAUGCCCAAGCACCUGCCAAUGCAACCCCUAUGGCUCCUAUGGAGGAGCUUGCGACCCUGCUACGGGGCAAUGCUCCUGCAAACCAGGUGUUGGGGGGCUCAAAUGUGACCGAUGUGAGCCUGGAUUCUGGAACUUCCGUGGCAUCGUCACCGACAGCAAGAGCGGCUGCACACCCUGUAACUGUGACCCAGUGGGCUCAGUGCGCGAUGACUGCGAGCAGAUGACUGGGCUCUGCUCCUGCAAGACUGGUAUCACUGGCAUGAAGUGCAACCAGUGUCCCAAUGGCAGCAAGAUGGGCAUGGCUGGCUGUGAAAAAGACCCAUCAGCUCCAAAAUCCUGUGAGGAAAUGAGCUGCGAGUUCGGGGCCUCGUGUGUGGAGGUCAACGGCUUUGCCCACUGCGAAUGCCCGUCCCCACUCUGCUCAGAGGCCAACAUGACCAAGGUGUGUGGCUCUGAUGGUGUUACCUAUGGGGACCAGUGCCAGCUGAAGACUAUUGCCUGCCGACAGGGACAGCUCAUCACAGUGAAGCACAUGGGGCAGUGCCACGAGUCCAUCACUCACACAAGCCAUACGAUGCCACCCACCCCUCUGCCCACUUUGCCUUUGGACAAGCUCAUCGUACCCCCACCGCUGCAGCUGACCACCCGGGCUCCAGAGCCCACUGAGCUGGCUGCCACCUCCCUGCUGAUAGAAGCCAGCCCCACUUCAAGAAGUCACCCUACAACAAGGCGAGUCACGACGACCAGACCUGCCACCACACCAUGGAUGACCCAUGGAGUGCUGAAGACCACCGUCCGCCCGCUCUCCACCUCUCCUGUGGUCCUGGCUACUACUCAGCCUGCCUAUGCUGAAUCAGGCAGUGCAGAAGGCAGUGGGGACCAGGAGAUGAGCAUCAGUGGGGACCAGGAAUCCAGUGGGGCAGGCUCUGCUGGGGAAGAGGAGGUGGAGGAAAGCCAGGUAACCCCAACUCCAGCCAUUGAGAGGGCAACGUGCUACAACACCCCGCUCGGGUGCUGCUCUGAUGGCAAGACUGCGGCUGCUGAUGCAGAAGGGAGCAACUGUCCGGCUACCAAAGUCUUCCAAGGAGUCCUCAUCUUGGAGGAGGUGGAAGGCCAGGAGCUGUUCUACACACCUGAGAUGGCUGACCCCAAAUCAGAGCUCUUCGGGGAGACGGCCAGGAGCAUCGAGAGCGCAUUGGAUGAGCUUUUCCGGAAUUCUGAUGUUAAGAAGGAUUUCAAGAGCAUCCGUGUCCGAGAUCUGGGGCAGAGCAGCGCUGUCCGUGUCAUUGUAGAGUCCCACUUUGACCCAGCCACUUCCUACACAGCAGCUGAUGUCCAGGCGGCCCUGCUGAAGCAGAUCAGAGCCUCCAAGAAGAGGACCAUCCUGGUGAAGAAGCCCCAACAGGAGCAUGUCAAAUUCAUGGACUUUGACUGGAUCCCCAGGCUCUUCACCACCACCAUCACCACCACCACAGCCACCACCAUGGCACCUGCCACCACUCGGAGGCACACCACGGCUUCUGCUGCCACCACAGCCCACAUCCUGCACCAGGACACUUUGGGCCACCCCAGUGCCAAGCUGGCAGCAUCUGGAAGCACCAGGAGGCCAACAUCCACCCUGCCUACCACCACCACCCGGCGCAAGCCCACUCGCCAGCCCCCCAGCACCACCAAGAAGCCUUCGCGACCUUGCGACUCACAUCCCUGCCUGCACGGUGGCACCUGUGAAGAUGAUGGCAAAGAGUUCACCUGCAGCUGCCCAGCGGGCAAAGGAGGGGCUGUGUGUGAGAAACCCAUCAGGUACUUCAUCCCCAGCUUCGGUGGCAAGUCCUACCUGGCCUUCAAGAUGAUGAAGGCGUAUCACACCGUGCGCAUCGCCAUGGAGUUCAGAGCCACGGAGCUCAGUGGGCUGCUGCUCUACAACGGGCAGAACCGUGGCAAGGACUUCAUCUCCCUGGCGCUGGUGGGCGGCUUCGUGGAGCUCAGGUUUAACACAGGCUCCGGCACAGGCGUCAUCACCAGCAAGGUGCGCGUGGAGCCUGGCAAGUGGCACCAGCUGGUGGUGAACCGCAACCGCCGCAGCGGCAUGCUGGCUGUGGAUGGGGAGCCCCACGUCAGUGGGGAGAGCCCCACAGGCACCGAUGGGCUCAACCUUGACACCGACCUCUUUGUUGGAGGAGCUCCCGAGGACCAAAUGGCUGUGGUGGCAGAGCGUACUGCAGCUACGGUUGGCUUGAAGGGCUGCAUCCGCCUCCUGGAUGUGAACAACCAGAUGUAUGACCUGAGGGAGAAAGGCAGUGAUGUGCUGUAUGGCAGUGGGGUGGGAGAGUGUGGCAAUGACCCCUGCCACCCCAACCCCUGCCACCAUGGGGGCAUCUGCCACGUCAAGGAGGCUGAGAUGUUCCACUGCGAGUGUCUCCACUCCUAUACCGGUCCAACAUGUGCUGAUGAGAGAAACCCAUGCGACCCGACACCGUGCCACAUCUCUGCCACCUGCCUGGUGCUGCCGGAGGGAGGUGCCAUGUGUGCCUGUCCCAUGGGACGGGAAGGAGAGUUCUGUGAGCGAGUGGUGGAACAGGACCACACCAUGCCCUUCCUCCCAGAGUUCAAUGGCUUUUCCUACCUGGAACUGAACGGGCUUCAGACCUUUGUUCCUGACCUGCAGGACAAAAUGUCCAUGGAAGUGGUGUUCCUGGCCAAGAGUCCCAGCGGCAUGAUCUUCUACAAUGGGCAGAAGACGGAUGGCAAAGGAGACUUUGUGUCUCUGGCUUUGCACGAUGGCUACCUGGAAUAUCGAUAUGACCUGGGCAAAGGGGCAGCCGUGCUCAGGAGCAAAGAGCCAGUUCCCCUCAACACCUGGAUAAGCGUUUUGUUGGAGAGGAGUGGGCGCAAAGGGAUAAUGAGGAUCAACAAUGGAGAGAGGGUGAUGGGAGAGUCACCGAAAUCCCGUAAGGUGCCUCACGCCUUCCUGAACCUGAAGGAGCCAUUCUAUGUUGGGGGAGCCCCUGAUUUCAGCAAGCUGGCUCGAGCUGCAGCCAUCUCCACCAGCUUCAAUGGAGCUGUGCAGAGGAUCUCCAUCAAAGGAGUUCCCUUGCUGAAGGAGCAGCACAUCCGCAGCGCUGUUGAAAUCUCCCCCUUCCGUGCCCAUCCCUGCACCCAAAAGCCCAACCCAUGCCAGAACGGAGGUACCUGCAGCCCCCGGAUGGAGAGCUAUGAGUGUGCCUGCCAGAGGGGCUUCUCUGGGGCUCAUUGUGAGAAAGUGAUCAUUGAGAAGGCAGCUGGAGAUGCAGAGGCCAUUGCAUUUGAUGGCAGGACGUACAUGGAGUACCACAAUGCUGUGACAAAGAGCCACCUGAGCAAUGAGAUCCCUGCUCCCGACGCAUUGGACUACCCCGCCGAGCCCAGCGAGAAGGCUUUGCAAUCCAACCACUUCGAGCUGAGCAUCAAAACAGAAGCCACCCAGGGCCUGAUCCUGUGGAGUGGGAAGGGGCUGGAGCGAUCUGACUACAUCGCCCUUGCCAUCGUGGAUGGCUUCGUCCAGAUGAUGUAUGACCUGGGCUCCAAGCCAGUCAUCCUCCGGUCCACAGUCCCCAUCAACACCAACCACUGGACCCACAUCAAAGCAUACAGGGUACAGAGAGAAGGAUCCCUGCAGGUCGGCAAUGAAGCUCCCAUCACUGGUUCCUCACCGCUGGGUGCCACACAGCUGGACACGGAUGGGGCCCUGUGGCUGGGGGGAAUGGAGAGGCUCAGCGUGGCUCACAAGCUGCCCAAGGCCUACAGCACUGGCUUUAUUGGCUGCAUAAGGGACGUGAUUGUCGACCGCCAAGAACUGCAUCUGGUGGAGGACGCUUUAAACAACCCCACGAUAUUACACUGCUCAGCCAAAUAGACCCCCAGGGACCCUUCCUUAUACCUUCCCUUCCUCCUGCCUAUUGCUGUAAUUAUUUUCUAUUUUUGUAAACUUAUUGCUUUUUAUAUUUUGGGGGGAGGGGAUGGGGGGGGGAAAGGGAGGGGAGGAACCACCAUUUCUGUUGGGUUAUUUUGUUCGGUUGCAGUAUAUAUCCAGGUCAGUCAGACUCUUUAAUCGAGCAGCAGCAACAAAGAACAAACCUUGAACCAAGUCUCCAAGAAGUGACAGAAGAACUUCCCCAUUUGCACCCGUGUUGUAAAUCUCACUCAUUACUUGAAGCUUCUUUUGGGGUUUGUUUAUUUUUUCCCCUCCUUACUUGUGUUCUUGGGUUGUCGUUCACACCAUGGGGGGGGAUAAAGGGUGCUGGUGCUGGCAAGCCCUGUGGCCUUUGUGGGUUCACCACUCACCUAUCUCAGGCCCCUGUGUUCACCCCAUCUCCCUCCUCCCCCCCCUUCCUCUCACUAUAAUUUAUGUGUGUAAGGAUCUCAAGUGCUUUUCUCCUUUGUGCUCUGUUAAAUCAGGGAUGCCAUGCACUGGAAGAGACCAAGGUCUGCUCUGAGCAGGCAGAAAAGCAUUGCUCUUUGGUUGUCUUAAUGCCUGUUUUCUGGACUGAGAGGGGCUGGGUGGGGGAAGUGUCGGUGUCUCUGUUGGCUCUCCUCCUCCUCCUCCUCCUCUUGGACACAUGCAGAAGCAGCUGUGAAACCUCAUUUCCAUGCUUUGUGUUGACCCAGACUUGUCCUCACCACCUGCUUGCCCUGGCUGCUCUUCCAAGAGCUUCUGUGCCCCAAACACCACUGACAACUUGCAACACAUCCUCGGGAGAUGGGGGUCCCCUCCUUCCAGCACCGGCUGGGAGGGUAUGGGAUUGUGUCCUCUUCUGCUUUAAAGAAACCUCUUGGAACUCUCCUGCCUUGACCCACAUCCAUUUUCCAGCCUCCUGGCACAACUUACCCUCCAUCUACCAUGAGGACGGUUGCAGUGCAUCUCUUUAAGCUGGUGUCUUACCUUUGUCUUCAAGCUUUUGCAGCACCCGACGCAACACGGGAGGGGGCUCUUCCAUCAGAGCCACCAGCAUUGGCUCCAGCAGGAUGGGGCAGGACUGGGAGCCAAAUGCCUGGAUGAAAGAGCUGGGGUGGGGUGGGGGUUUAAAGUGUUGUCUUUACUGUCUUUGAGGUGUUGUCUUCCUCCAUUCGAGUCUUGAAAGCAAAGUGCCAGCUGCACAGCCACAGUGUGCGAGUGUGUGUGUGUGCAUGGAUGUGUGCAAACACUGGGUCUCCCCGAAGCAAAAACAAAGGGAUUGCAGCUCUGAGUGCUGUGACUCGCUCAGGUUCCUUCUCCAUGGGAAGAGCUCCCUGCUGCCACAUGGCAUCUGUCCCCACUGGGUGUCCCCAUCCCACCCUGCGAAGGCAGCUGGCAAUGCUUUGUGGCCAGUUGCCUUAUGGAGCAUGAAGAAUGGGUUGGAAGGGUCCAGCUGGCUGUCAGGUGUUCCCUGAUAUCCCAGGGGCCGUCAGUUUGCAGUUUUGCACUGAUUCCUUUCUCACCUUCUGGUGUAUCCAUCCAAAAUGCUCUUUGUGAGCACUGAGCUUCCAGCCACAAGAAGGACCUAAUGAAUGGGAAGAGCACCAUGGCAAACAUCUUGGGCUGCUUUUUGCUUCUGGCCCAGGCAAGGAAGAACCCCACUGCCUACCCCAACCCCUGGAAUUCAAUGCUUGGUCUGUUGUCAUGUCCCUAUAAAGCCAAUAGUUAUGUAUUUCAGGGAAGACUGUGGGAAGAUGAGGCUCCAGUGUUAGUGUGCGUGGCAACAAUGUGCGUUGAGUGGCUGCUGUAUGUAAUGUGUGGGUCCUGGGGGUGAUGGCUGUGUUGGGGUAUGGGCUUCCAAUGAGGGGAGCGUGCCAGCUCCAAUGGGAAAGAGCACCAUGGAGGAAGCUGCUUAAUUUCCAGAACACCACUGAAAUGAAGCCAGGGUCACUGCAAAAAUAAAGGAAAGAAAGAAAGAAGAAAAAAGAAACGCAACAAGAACUCUGUCUGCUUUUGCUGGGGCUUGGAAAUGCCUUAAAACAGGACGUUGUGUCCUCAUUGUCAAGCCUGGGUCAGGUUCUGCAGUGCUCCCCAAGGGGCCGCACACUCAACCUUGGCUUUCUUUUUAAUAGCGUUUAUAACACGCGUACAAGGACAAAAAAUAACGAUGUUGAGGUUUGGAUUUUCUUUUUCUUUUUUCUUUUGAAUAAAUAAUGUCCACGUGGCUUCAUUUAUAGGGUGAAUUAACUGACCGUUGUGAACUGCUGUAUGGAUUCUGAAGGGCAAUGCACAGUAGAGGAGCAGCAUGAUGUAACCAUUACUAACUUGUGUCUUUCGUCGAUCACCAUGAAAUAAAGUUUGAAAACGAUGAAGUAUG